AUGAAACCAAAUGAGCAUAUAUUAAAUUCCAAUGACUGGAUGCGCCAGGAUUCAAUAGACCAGGCUUGUUUCUUGUAUGAAAAUUUAAGUGAUGAAAACACUCAUAACUUAAUUCAUAUAGGACUUGAAGAUAAAUUUUCUCCAAGACUAUCUGAAGGUUUGAAUUCUAUGAGAUUCUCGGAAAUUGGAGAGAUGACUGAAGAAGAAUGGAAUAAUCAGCAAAGACCUUUCAUACCUCGUUUGGAAUCUUUGAUUAGUCAAAAAUAUACUGAAAAAUAUAUUGAGGAUGAAGGAAAUGAACAAAAUUUGAAUAACAAUAUUUCUUUAUCAACAGUCAUAGAAGAAAAUGUUAAAAAUGAUGAAAUAUGUACAACUUUAUGCUGUUAUAUGUUUAAUUUGAUAUAUAGUAUUAGAGAAAGGGAUACAAUACGUGGGAAACAGGCACAAUUAACAUUAUGGGAAUUAAUGAAACAAUUCCAUUUAAUUAACAAUUUAUUUUUUAUAAUUAAAGUACUAAAAACAAUACUUACAACUAAUAAAAUUCAUAAAACGAGUCAAGACAUGGGAUGGAUAUCAUUUAUGUGUUUAUUAGCUACAUAUUUUACAAGUUGGUCAGCGUAUUUAGCUCGUGCAUAUAUAUUUUAUCAUCGAAUAGAUGGUUUAGAUAAAAAAUAUCUAUUUUCUCCUUUUCAUGUUUAUAGCCAGAUCCGUAUUGUAGGAGAAGAGAGACCAGAAAAAUUGUACAUGCUUGAAAGGGUUAAUUUAACAUAUACUUUGAUUAUGCAUAUAUUAGAAGAUAUACCUCAAUUAUUUGCGUCAUCAUUAUUCCUCUCAAAUUAUGGUAAUGACUUUUAUGCUGUAUUUAUGAUAACAUGGAGUUCAUGUAUGAUAUUUACUACAACUAUUCGUAUGGGAAUAUCAUACCCAUUAAUCGGUACAUUAAGUUUAAUGUUCUCCAGAGAACCACCUGUAGAUUCACCUUCACUUUAUGAAGCUACAACAACAACAAUAUAUUUCCCUUUAUUUAUGGCAGUUAUUACAUUUGGUUGGGCUAUAUGCGAUAGUUUUUGUUUAUAUUUUACUCAUGGUUUUUGGAGUGUAAUAUUUUAUACUGGAUUAACAUUAAAUAUGCUUUUAUCAACAUUAUUUCUACUCUAUUAUUUUUAUUUAUCAAAACAGGCAUCAACAUAUAUAAGGCAAUUACAUUCACUAUAUAUUACUGAAGAUUUUAGUAGAAUUCAAUCAAGACAGGCGUGA